AUGGCCUCCCCACCGACAAGUUCCUCUGUUCCUUCCGAUAACUUGAACGACCCCAAGAAUCAUGUCAUCCACGAUGCCAACGACGACAACAACAUCAAUAAGUCGACUACGCAAUCCAGUCACGUCUUCAAUAUACAUGCUGUUCCUGCCCUCAGUUUUAGUGUCACACACGACGACGUGAAUAAUCACCCCGACUUGCUGGAUCACCACCAUACCGCCAAUCAGUAUCCGCCACAAUUGAGCUUCAGCCCAACAUCUCAUCCAGACUCGGGACCUCACCGAGGAUCAUUCUCGGAUAUUUUACCCCACGGUCAUGUUCCCCCUCCGCCCAUCAAUGAAAGCAUGCCCAAAUUGAGCGAUGACAUGUCCAAUCCUUCCACAGGUGCAAACACCAGUCUCGACGAUAUGCAAAACGAUAGCGAUCCUGAUAUUCGGGAUUCGACGACAUCUUUGGGAAUAAAUCAAAUUUCCGCUUCUGUUGCCAACACCGACCACACGUAUAAUCAUCCGGUCGCCGUUAUGGGCCCGGGUGCGACACCUGGUCCUGUUGGAGAUGGAAGUGACCCUACAGCGGCAGUUAACAAAAGCGCUGUAUUUCGAAACAAGCAAUAUCUUCUAUCAGACGGGUCAGUGGUCUCUGGUAAGGGGCUGGGUCGAGGCAGACCAGGUAUCAAACGAGGGCCGCGCAGUCUCAGGCCGGCAAGCGGUGACCAAACUUCAUCCCAAAAGAUACCUGUGAACGCUAUUGGCCCCCCUUCUUACCACUUUGUAGCUCCUAGCAAAAAGAGAAAGAGUGCUGCUUCCGAUACCUCGGAGUCUAAUCUACGAGCUUCAAUUUCGGAACCUACAACCACGCCAUCCCGCGAGAGUUCAGAGGAAUACAACCCUUCUGCACACACUCGAUCCGGGAGGCAAGUACAGAAGCGCGUCUCGCUUAGCAACGAUACUGCUGUGAGGGCGAGCCCUUCAGGGAAACUAUCUCGCACCAACUCUACCGCUAAUGCCAUGUCCAAUUCCCCGGCGUCCAUAAAAACUCACCCGAAGAUUAAACGCAGGGUCUAUCGCGGCCGUGAGCAGUUUGCACUUUGUGAACAUUGUUUACGCGGACAUGGCCCUCCGGGAAAUGUGAUUGUCUUCUGCGAUGCCUGCAAUAAGUGCUGGCAUCAACGCUGUCAUGAACCCCAGAUCUCUACGCAUACCGUUGCCGACUCGAAAGCUGAAUGGUUCUGCUCUGAAUGUGACCGAAUUUUGCACGGUAAAAAGAAGGACAAGAAGACACACGGCAAAACGGGCUCUCAACCUGCAGUCGUGGCUCCCCCUAUCGUUGAACAGACACCCACAUUUACAGGGCCGCGGGUGGGAGGUCGUUUCCUCCGACUGGAGCAAAAAGAGGCAUACCUCAAAACUCUUUCCAGGGAUGACCUCCUGUCUCUAGUUCUGCAGGCGUCAGACCUGGCACCGGACUUACCUCUGUUUCAAGCACUUGCACCACCACCUCCUCCACCUUCACCUCCACAAUUGGCGAUGCCACAAGCGCAGUUCACUUCUACGUACGUCACACCGGUAUCGAAGGUGCCUCGUUUCGGGGACAAUGAUACUGGUGAUGACAACGAGAUAGAUGAAGGCUACGAUGGAUACUUUGAUGAACAUGCCGCAUUGUACCCCAAGCCUGGGAAUGGGGUGCAAUUACCGCCAGAGAGCGACGAUUUGCAUAUAUUGCUGGAGGGCAAAGAUAGCACGACUUUUAGUCAUUGGGUACGAGGAAUGCCUGGGAAUCUGUUUAGCGGGACGGGAAACGUCUCUUCGACCAUUUCCUGA